UCUCUUACGUACAAUGCGCCAACGGCCAACAGUCGCGUGCAUUCCUUCGCGAUUUAUAACAAGCGAUCUGAAGCGUUCCGCAAUUGACGUCUUCGCGGCGAACUUUUGUCGGGCGGCCGUAAUUGUCUGUCAGCACAUGAAAGGUUAUUCGUGCCGAAUCGUAACACUGAAUCACUCUUAAUCAUAACACUGUCUCAGUCACAACACUGGUCUCGGGUGUCAAGGGUACAAACAAACGAAUCAUGGUUUCGUACGACAGACUUAAGUCUGACAGAAUCUUAUCUCGGGACGCGACUAAUUAAAUGCCGAAUGUGUGUCAGAUACUAAGUUAUCUUCUAUUAUUAAUUAUCAAUAUGUGCUGAUAAAGCGACGCGUAUCAGGGGAGAUCCCCGACUGUUCGUCGUUGACAUUAGAGUCGCGAUUUAUUGUACACCCUGUGUACAAUUUGAGUCGAGAAGUCCUAUCAGAGCUUCCGGGAGACGUUGUCCACAUCGACUUAUACGGCUUCAACGACGAGGAAACGCGCGCGUCUUUCCAUUUUCGAGGUAUACCGGGACUAUACGGGCAAUACAUCCUUAACCGCAAUUCGCUACUAACUGACUUCUGCCAUCGACAAGUGGCAGUGACAUUCUGCCAGUGUCGAUUGAGCUUCCGUUAAAGAUAGCCGAAAUACGCGGCUCAUUAACGGCUUAUCUUACCGUCUGGAUAUCAUGCGGCUGAGGAGGAUCGCCUUUCGUUGAAGGGACCAUCUCGAUCGCGUUCGUGUCGGGAGGAAACGUUACGCUCGUGAACGUUAAAUAUAUCGCAUCGAGACAUCGUGUUUCAUUUGUGACUCGCUUUGCCGACACGUGGACUUUACGUGGUACGCGUACGUGGUUAUAAGAGACGACUCGUGCUGUCACAAAGUAAUGUCAUUAACGGACAUCGUUGAAAUGGACGAAAGAUCGCCCGGCGAGGAAUCACUGGCCGAGGUGAACGCGUCGCCGAUAUCCAACAUCGCCCACGAUCUCUGCAAGUCGUCGCUCGACUCCAGCGACACCGCGAAGCAGAAGCAUCGCUUUCAACGUUCAAAUACCUUCAGUACUUCUCGUCGAGUGAACGACCGGAGGAGUGAUAGUAUGCAACCGAUGACAUGUGGCGUUCAGAGCAGAAGCACUAACGAGGGCGUGCAGAAUACUAAGCUACUGUUCUGCUCCAACUGGGUAGAAUCUCCGUACAGGAGCUCGAUGUUGGACAAAUACGACGACAAGGAAAACGAUAGCGCCCCCUGCACCUACCAGCCAUUCAGUCCACAGAAGAACGUAAAGAAGACACGAUGGCCUCUAGAAGAUUGGGAUCCCAACAGCCAGGACAGCGGCUAUGGAGCGAACGACAACAAGGAGGAGAAACGACAGUGCGAUGGAUUUCGGUUCGCGGAGCCGUCCGGCGUGGCACCACGGCGUAUGUCCGUGGAUUCGCGCAGCCCGGUGCAAUCGCCGAUGCGAUCCUCACCCCAGCAGUUGAGAGCCGCACGGUCAUCCUUCAUGCGCCGGUCUUCAGGAUACGAGAGCAUGGUGGACGAUGGCUUCACCGAGCUCAUCGACAUGGAGACGCUGGAAGACACGACGCACCUACCGAGCGGCAUCUCCUCGCUGCUGUCCGGCAACCUCGUUGCGACUGGCACAUCGUCGAUGGAAUACGACGUUUCGACGACUCCUGAGUUCCCCCGCACUGUCUCGAGCAGAUUGAGACGGUCGUUAUCGCUGUGCGACCAAAAUAUGCUCUCGCAACCGUUGUCGAAGGUACGUACCUGUCUGUUCCGCUCGCCCAGUGCGACCUCCUCGACGGCGAUGUUGGUCGACCGCUAUGAGACGAAUCCCCGAAGAAGCAUCUGCGACGGAAUAGACUCACCGCAGUCCGUAAGGUCCUGCAAACGACCGUCGGAGGAUCCGCCGACAGUGGACAGUCCGCAGCUCACGUCCAAGAAGUUCCGUCUGUCGAAGAGCUUAUGUCUCGACGUGCCCGUUGUGACGACACCCAGCCCCAAGAUCCCGAAGAUGCCGCUUCUGCAGAGAAGCAUGUCCGAAACUGAGGCGAACAUCAAGUCAGCGGUGCAUCGCAGUGUCACCGACGCCGACCUCACCGGCGACUUCAGUAAGCCCUGCAUAUUGCCGCUCGAGUCUGGUUAUCACCAGGACCUCAAGUGCAUAUCGUCCACCACACUGGCGGCCCUGUUACGCGGUGAAUUCAACGAUCGCGUGAAAUCCUACAAGAUUGUCGACUGCCGUUAUCCGUACGAGUAUGACGGAGGUCACAUCGAAGGAGCCCUGAAUCUCUACAACAAGGACCUAAUCGAGCAGCACCUGUUCAAACCCCUGACCACGGUUCCCACGAUCCAGCCCGACACCGACAAGCGCGACAUACUCGUGCUCCACUGUGAGUUCUCGUGCGAACGUGGACCUAAUGUCUCGCGGUUCCUGCGCAGCAUAGAUCGCCAGCGUAACAAGGAGCAUUACCCGGCGCUGUUCUACCCGGAGAUCUACUUGUUGCACGGCGGUUACGAGCAAUUCUACAAGCAGCAGAAGGAGUUCUGCUCGCCGCAGGACUACCGACCGAUGAAGCAUCCCGAUCACGAGGCGGACCUCAAGCAAUUUCGCCUUAAGAGCAAGAGCUGGCAGAGUGAGAAGUCAAGAGUGAACAGUCAGACAGUGCGAACGAAUCUCAAGCGUUUAGGCUUUUAGACGGACAUUGUCAUUGUCUCGGCCUCACGUCUGAACGCGUCGCCGAUCCUGCUGUCGCUUCAGUCGUACAUUUCGUCGUAUACUGCGUGACAUCGAACGUUCCACACAGGCCGUCGGGGUAAAAACGCGUGCAUAGUGCGCGCCGAUAAAGUGCAAACGGCGUAAAGAGAUUCGCCCUCCAUAUAUAUAUUUCUUUUCUUUUAGACGCUUUUUGCGCUUAUGACUGACUCGAGGAAUUCUCCCCCGAGUAUUUCCUGUACAUAAAUGUCGUUCGCGCGAACACAUUUAGAUUCUAAUCGACUCAUUAGUACAAGGAGAGAGAGAGAGAGAAGUUUAGAAAUACACUUAAUAUAAUAUCGUAAUAUCUUUGAUGAAGACGACGGAGAUGUAGGCUAUGAUGAUAAUGAUGAUGAUAUUUCGUCGACCCGCUGCGCAUCACGUUCGGGCCGAAUUUUGUAUAUAGAAAACAAAAAUUACAAAUUUCAGAUCGAGGUCGCUUAAUUCGAGGUCGCUCUUUAAUUAAGUACAACGUAUAAUGAAACAUGCAAUAUCUCUGCGAGAAUCCGAGGGGAGGCAGAAGACGUAGUAUUGCGAACAUGGGACGCAUCGUAGACCUAGUUUUUAACUGUUCAUGAUACCUCGGGCCAUCCUAUUGUGUAUAUACGAUUUCAACGAGCGACCCAAUCAUCGUCGAUCUCUCGGUAUCGGCAUUGCUUUGUCAGCGUCUUCGAAGCAGCUGUUUAAAACGAUCGAUGCUGUGAAUAACAUAAAAUUAUAACUUGUUGCAAUCUCGUGAUCAAUAUAUAUUAUUAACAUAUACGCGGUAGAUUGAUCCUUAAGUACUUGCGCUCACAUAAGGAUUAAUUGUCAGGCAAUUUCUCUUUCAUUUGUAAUUUUUCUUUUACAAGAAAGAUCAGAGCUGCGGCUUUGCGUUAAAUCUUUCGAUUAAAUCCCUAAGCUUUAAGGAUUUAACGUAUAAUUGGCCUACCUAGGAAGGCAUCCAGUCUCGCUAACACGUAUCUGUAUAACUUUCUAGCGCGCGUGAGCACUUAAGAUUAAUCUCGACGAUGUAUAUUGGUAAGGUGAAGAUUUAUCGAGUAGAAGUGAUAUGAACAUUACAAAAUGUGCAAAUCUUUUGUUGUUACAUUGUCUAAAAUUAUUACCACGUUACAUAGAUAAAUAUAUACGAUAUGCAAUACACAACU